UUUUUUUUUUUUUUUGGUGUGGCUAAUGCAUGGGCUAAUGUGCUAACUUCCACCGAGGCGUUCAAAACACCGGCAAGUUAGCCCGACUGUGAAUGCCUCACGAAACGACAAUCGACCCGCUGUGUGCAGUCUGUCGCAAGGACACCGCGAUAAGCAGCGCGUCGACUGAGCGCUGCUUUGGUUUUCAUGUGGAGGAAAGGCGCCCCACAUCAUAAAUGAACACAUCCGUGUCGAGCCUCAUCAUGGAGAGAGGGAGGCAAAAACUGCAUAACAUUAUGGAGGACGGCUUAGGCAGAGACUUGAUGGAUGCUGGUCGGUUCUGCUUCAGCUGCGAGCAGAUAUUUGCCAAUCGGAGAUUCCUGGAGGAACACGUGUGCCCUGCUGUAAGUUACAUCUGCUCUUGUGGAACUGAGUUUACAGAAUACAGAGACAUGCUGGAGCACAGCACGACACAUGAACCGGGACACCAAGUGCUCGAUCACGAAACCAUAAGGAAGCGCAGAAUUGAGAAGCGCAUAGAGGAGGAGGAGCAGCUGAAAAGACUGCAGACGGGAGAGGUUGUCUGGAAGCCCCCUACAUUGGACAGUGUGGCAUCGAUUUCUUUGCCAGCGAAGCAGAAACAGCAAGUACCCGUUACAGCAGGUAUUCUGCCACAAGGUCCCACGCAGCCUGCACAGAUUUCACAAGUGCCUGAGUUGUACCGCUCUGUGUCACAAGCAUCUCUUGUCCAAAAUCCUGUCUCCUCUCUAACAGACAUGAAGAAUAUUUUUGCAGGUGUGGGUGCACCAACAGUGGAUCUGUGGACACUUUACCAGCCAGUGGUGUUGUUGCAAACAGUGCGCAGGUUUAACAAGUCAAAGCCUUACACUUGCGGUAAAUGUGGGCAGUGUUUUACAGCAAAGACCUCUCUCGUAUCCCACCACAGCUCUCAUGUCACUGAUAAGGUUUCUGGCUGUAUAGGAUGUGGGCUGCUGCUCUCCAGCAGGAAGGUAGUGCCUCGCUUCCAUGUUUGUAACUCACCUAACACGGCUACCAAAUUCAGACUCAUCACCGCAAAGCCGCUGGCCGACAAGAAGCUAAAUCAAGCCAAAUCAGACAGGGGUCCGAGUUUUGGGGGGCCUCAGGGUUCUUCAUAUCUACAUUUGAAAAGCCAGAAUCUCAGUGCAGCCAGUAAAGCCAGUCAGGCACCUCACGUCACGUCCGCCCUGCAGUUGAAAAAUCAGAAUAUGAAAAUGUACAAUCAGAGCAAUCAGGGGCUUCAUGUCGCUCCAUCCCUGCAGAUGAAGAGCCAGAACUCCAGUGCAUCCAAGUCUUAUGUCUCUGUCCCCCAGCCACUGAAGAGCCAGAAUCCAAAUCCCAGUGCAUCUAAUAAAAGUAGGCCUGUCACUCCCUCCGGGCAGUCGAAAACACCCACAAAUUCUGUAUCAGGCGCAUCGGGCAAACCAUCAGCGACAUCCUCUGUAUCCAACGGGUUCACGUGUCGAGUCUGUCAUAUUCCUUUCGAAACGGCUCAGCUGCUUCAGAGGCACAAGUGUGUCAAAGCCCAGGAGUUUAUGGCAAAGCAUGUGCGAGGGGGCAAACAGCAAUACAAAAUAAAGAGGGUGACGCCAGCGGCGAGCCCAAAUGCUGCUCAGAUGAACGGUGAAAGAAGACUUGGGGUUCCAGAUUCUGGUAACAUAAAGAGAAACCAAGUCAUGGCUGUCAGUCUGGACAAGGGGCAAGGGGCGACUAUGGAUAUGGCCGAUGAUUGUUAUAUCGUUGAAAGUGGACCAGACAAACCUGCUGAGAUGAUUUACCAAGUAACCUCAUCUGUCCCUAUUAAGACUUGACAAAACUAGACUCGACAUCCAGUUUGCAUGUCACAUUUUAUGUUAAUUAUGGACCAAGUGCUUAAAGAUAGCAGUCUCCUGGUUGAAUAUCUACUUGUUUAGGUUUAUGGCACAAGAACACAAUGCUUCCUGGCUUUCUCCAGAUCUCCCAAUAUGAAGUUGUAAGAUGAGUGCAAAAUAAAUUAUUAUUAUUAUUAUUACGACAGUGGAGAGACAGGAAAAGCAGGAGAGAGAUGGGUAUGAUAUGCAGCAAAGGGCCCAGACUCAAACCCAGGCUGUUUCGGUAAGGACUCAGCUUUGAUACUUGGUACGCGAUCUGCCAGGUGAGCUACCUGUUAACGGGCAUUUUAAGUAAGCUGGAUUUCUUUUGUCAGUAAACAGUCCCAAGAUUCACGUCCCCAGAGUCUAAAUUUGAUGUCCCUGCAGUGGUUACAGAACAUGUAAAUCAAUAACGCUUAUCAAAAUGUAUGUGCAUAUGCACCCAUGUUUGUUGGGAUAACCAGGUGCUGUAUUAUAGUUGUUUUGUUUUGUUUUUUUUAAAAUGUGUUUUUAGUAUGAUCAGAAUGUGUUGUGAGGCUGUUGGAACUGACCACGAUACCCAGUGUGUUCUUUCCAGCUUUGUCAGACUUUAAGAAUAUGGUAUAUGUUGUAUUAAACUAUAUUUUCAAACUCA